AUGGAUCAAAUGUUACCAAGUCCUGGGUUCUCCAUACCCAGCAUUGGAACCCCACUUCAUCAACCUGAAGAAGAUCAACAAAUUCUUCCAAAUGCUCUCCAACAACAGCAACAGCAACAACAACAACAAUCCCAACAGUAUCAAUUACAACAAAUGCACACAAUGAGUCCUGGUUUACAAAGUGGAAUGUUGAUGCUUACUCCUCAGAAAACUAUGCAUACCUAUGCUCCUACACCUGCUUUUGCUACUCCUCAGAGUCUCAUGCAACCCCAGACGCCGCAAAACAUGAUGUCGCCCGCUAUCCAACCAUCAAGCAACAUCGCUCCAGCUUCCAUAGGACCUUCAACACCUGGUCCAAUGACUCCAAUGACUCCUGCAUCAGCAGACCCUGGAAUUUUACCUCAAUUACAAAAUAUUGUGUCCACAGUUAAUUUAAAUUGUAAAUUAGACUUAAAGAAAAUAGCAUUACAUGCGAGAAAUGCUGAAUAUAAUCCUAAACGAUUUGCUGCUGUGAUUAUGCGAAUUCGUGAACCACGAACAACUGCAUUGAUAUUUAGCAGUGGCAAAAUGGUGUGUACCGGUGCUAAAAGUGAAGAGGAUUCACGUUUAGCUGCUAGGAAGUAUGCUAGGAUUAUUCAAAAACUAGGAUUCCCUGCAAAGUUUUUAGACUUUAAGAUACAGAACAUGGUUGGAAGCUGUGAUGUAAAGUUUCCUAUAAGGCUGGAAGGAUUAGUUUUAACGCAUGGUCAGUUCUCAUCGUAUGAACCUGAAUUAUUUCCUGGUUUAAUUUAUCGAAUGGUUAAACCAAGAAUUGUUUUACUCAUCUUCGUGUCUGGAAAGGUGGUUUUAACAGGUGCAAAGGUGCGUCAAGAGAUUUAUGAAGCAUUUGAUAACAUUUAUCCAAUAUUGAAAAGUUUCAAAAAACAAUGACAUUUCACAUUCAUUGUUAUUUUUUACGUGAUAUUUAAUAUUAAUCAAUAGAAUAACUAGAAGAGAGCUUAUCUGUUUUUUAAUAAUAAUAAUUAAUUAAUUCAAAAUACUACAUAACAUGUGUAAACAGUAUAAAAACCCCUAAACUCAGGGAAUCCUUUGACAAAUCUUCUAUAUAAAAAAUUUCGAGUUUUCUUAUUUCCAUUUUGUAAAAGUUUCCUACAAAAUUUUCUAUUUUACUCUCACCAAAUGCAUCUUUUUCUGUUACACAAGCUACAUAGUAUUGUGAAUUAUUUAAAACAGAAAAAUAUUACUUUCGUCUAUCAAAUCUACUUGAAUUUCAUAGGCAAAAUUAAUUGCUUGAAAUACUACUUUAUCAUACCAUUAUUAAGUCACAUAGAACUUUUUAAUUAAUUUCAUUAUUUUACAAAUAAUUUACAUAGAAAUUUGUAUUCACAAAUUUCUAUUAAUUACAAAGAAAAGUCAUUGGAUGUGCCUUUAAUGACAUUUUUUCAUCAACGCCUUCCUU